AUGAGUAUGCGCGAUCUGAUUGACGGGGACGUUGAGGUUGAUGACGAGGAACAUGAUGAGGAAUUUGACGAGGAAACCGGCGGAGCUCGCUCUGCAAAGCCGCAGAGACAAAAUGGAGGUCUCGAGGACGAUUCAAGUGAGGAAGAAGAUGACGAUGAUGAGGAGGCAGCUCGUGAGGUUCGAGAAGGCUUCAUCGUAGACGAAGACGAAGAGGAUGAUGAUGAUGCAAGAAGUAGACGUCGUCGCAAAGAAAAGAAACGCCGAAGAGAGCAACGUGAGGAGGAAGGUUUGGACGACGAAGACUUGGAUCUCAUCGGAGAAGCAAAUCCGGAAUGGGAAAGGAAGACAACACAACAGCCAAAGUUUAAGCGUCUCAAGCGUGGUCACCGAGAUGAUAACGAACAGGAUCGAGAGCGCGGCCUGGACCAAAUAUUUUCUGACGAUGAAGAACAAGAUGCACCCCUCGAGUAUGAGCGAUCUUUUGCACGUCCAGACCAUCGGAUUGAUGAAUUCGCAGACUUCAUCGAAGAAGACGAGCUCGAGGACGAUGAAAGAGAUAGACUUGCUGAGGAAAGAGAGGUAGCCCGCCCAAGAGAAAAGGGUUACGUAGGUGGCGCGGAAACAUCAGGGCUCGAUAAGGAUGCUCUGGAUGAUAUGGAAGCUAUCUUCGGAAAUGGUGAGGAUUACGAUUGGGCUCUCGCUUUGGAAGAUGAAGCCGAGGCGGCGGAAGCUGGCGAUCAAAAUCUUGAGCUGAAGGAUGUCUUCGAACCUUCGCAACUUGCGGAAAAGCUACUUACGGAUGAAGAUAACGUCGUUCGGUACUCUGAUGAACCGGAACGAUUCCAGCUCGAUCGGAAGCCUUACAAACAUCUACAAAUUACCGACGAACAAUUCAAGGAGGAAGCUCGAUGGAUUACAAGUCUCAUAUGGCCAAAAAAGGCGUUCAGCUCAGAAAUGCAAAAUCCAUUCACCAAAGCUAUCAGCAAGGUCUUGGAGUUCUUUGUUGUGGACGAGGUUGAAGUUCCUUACGUGUUUCAACAUCGAAAGGACUAUCUCAUUCAUGCCAGGAAGAAUAAAACACGAUCGGAUCCUAAUAAUCCAGAUGCGCCUGAUUACGAAGUGAGCGCAGACAAGCUCUUGAAUCAAGACGACCUCUGGCGCAUUCUGGAACUCGACUUGAAGUUUAGGGCACUGAUAGAGAAGCGUAAUGUUCUCGAAAAGACCUACGACAAUCUAAAGUUAGCCGUCGAGAUCAAUGAUGCAACAUUCGAGCAAAUGAUUCCAGAUGCUCAGACUAUGGAAGAGCUUCAAGAUAUUCAGGAUUACCUCUAUUUUCAAUACUCCUCAGAAAUCAAGUCUUUGCAAGAUACUAAUGGCGAACUCAAGGAAAAAAGAGCCGGCAACAAAACAUCGAGAUUUGAUCGCAUUCGUAAGAGCAGGGCUUACCAGCUUGUGCGAGCUUAUGGAAUCACAGCUGAUGAAGUUGCCCAAAAUGUUUUGAUGGAAGGCCGCAAAAAAUAUACAGAAGAUUCUCCAUUAAGCCCAAUUGAUCUUGCCGACACCCUGACUAGCUCAGAGGAUUUUAGCACGGGCGAUGGAGUUUUGGACGCAGCAAGGAGCAUGUUUGCCGAGGAGCUUUUUAUGAGCCCGAAGAUGCGCCAGCAUUUCAGAAAACAUCAUUACAUGGCAGGACUUGUCAGCUGUGCUAGAACCGAUAAAGGUCUUAAAAAGAUUGACGAGCAACACCCCUAUUACGAAUUGAAAUACCUCAAGAAUCAAACCUUUAGCGACAUCGCAAACAAGCCUGAAAUGUUUCUAAAGAUGUUGAAAGCUGAGGAAGAAGGCUUGCUAGAGGUUCGAGUAUCCCUCCAGAACGAGCGUGAAUUCAAAAGACAACUAUAUGCAGAGUUCAGAUCGGACAACUACAGUGAGGUUGCUGAUGCGUGGAACGAUGAAAGACAAAAGGUCCUUGAUAUGGCGUUCUCAAAGCUCGAAAGAAUUAUCACUAAAGGAGUGAAAGAAAGCAUGCGAACAGAAUGCCAAGAUUCCAUCCUUAAAAUAUGUCGAGACGAAUACUCAAGAAAGCUUGAUCAGGCACCAUACAAGCCAAGAGGCAUGGUUUUAGGUACUAUUCCUCGAGUACUUGCCCUAUCUAACGGCAACGGUGACCCCAAUCGCGAUGCUGUAUGUUGGGCCUAUGUUGAGGAAGAUGGUCGGGUUUUGGAUCAUGGAAAGUUUGACAACCUUUCGAGAGACCAGAGAGCUCGAGAGGCAUUCGUCGAUUUGGUACGCAACAAGAAACCCGAUGUUCUUGGAAUUAGCGGCUUCUCUGUCGAGACUCAUAAGCUUGUAUCAAGUCUUAAAGAUUUGGUGCAGGAACACUCUCUGCGAGGAAGUGAAUUUGAUGAUGACAAUAAUGAAGAGCAAGAGCGAAGUGAGCCUCUGGAAAUUAUUGUCGUCAACGAUGAAGUGGCCCGACUGUAUAAGGACAGUCCAAGAGCCGCUGUUGAUCACCCUGCAUUCGCCCCACUCGCCAGAUAUUGUGUUGGUUUGGCCAAAUAUCUCCAGAACCCAAUGAAGGAGUAUGCAGCUCUUGGAAAGGAUAUUGUCUCGUUAUCUUUUCACCCAUGCCAACAGUUGUUGCCCGAGGACAAGCUUCGAAGACAACUGGAAACCGCAAUGGUAGAUAUGGUCAAUCUUUGUGGUGUCAAUAUCAACGAAGCGGUUAAUGACGCCUAUACAGCGAACCUCUUGCCUUUCAUUUGUGGUCUCGGUCCUCGAAAGGCUACAGCCGUUCUGAAGUCUAUCAAUGCCAAUGGUGGCGUGGUCAAUACCCGUGAUGAACUCGUAGGUGAUCCAGAUAACAACAAACUGCCCGUCGUAGGUCCUCGGGUGUGGAACAAUUGCGCCAGUUUUCUUUACAUCGAGUACGAAAGCGCGAAUUCCGCUUCGGACUAUCUCGACAACACUCGUGUGCACCCAGAGGACUACGAACUUGGUAGGAAAAUGGCUGCCGAUGCCCUCGAGCUUGACGAGGAAGAUGUAAAGGCAGAAGUGGAUGAAGGGGGGGCAGGCGCUAUUGUUCGCAAGCUCAUCAAGGAUGACGAGCAGGAGAAAGUGAACGACCUUAUCCUUGAAGAGUAUGCCGAUCAAUUGGAGAGGAAUUACAAUCAACGCAAACGUGCGACACUCGAAACUAUUCGUGCUGAAUUGUUACAGCCGUAUGAAGAAUUGCGACGUAACUUUGGCAUGUUGUCGGACGAUGAAAUUUUCACGAUGUUGACCGGAGAAACCCACGACUCGUUAUGCGAAGGCAUGAUCGUAUCUGUCAACAUUAGAGUGUCAAAGGAAGAUUUCAUCAUCGCUAAGCUGGAUUCUGGCAUUGAAGGCCGUGUCGAGAAAGAUGACGGUUCAGAUAAUCCCAAUGCCUCCCUCAAUCGUCUAUUCUCGGUUGGUCAAACCGCUCAAGCUAAGCUACUCGAUGUUGAUCGACGAAAUUUUGCUGCCAGAUUAUCAUUACGCGAGUCACAGAUGCGACCAUACAGGAAGCGUAUUGACCGUGAACCUGGUAAUUGGGAUUUGCUUCAAGAGCAAAAGGAUAGGGAGGAGCUCCGCGAAAAAGAUAAGGCCACGGGUCGCGUUCAGAGAGUUGUUAAGCACCCUCUCUUUAGACCCUUCAAUGCCACUCAGGCUGAAGAAUACCUCGGAUCACAAGCCCCUGGCGAUGCUGUCAUUCGUCCUUCGUCCAAAGGAAAUGAUCAUUUGGCAGUUACGUGGAAAGUCGCCGAUGGUGUGUACCAGCAUCUUGAUGUUUUCGAGUUGCAAAAGGAGAAUGAAUUCUCAGUUGGACGACAGUUGAGAAUCGGCAACAAAUACAACUAUAGUGAUCUUGAUGAACUGAUCGUAGAUCACGUCAAGGCCAUGUCCAAGAAGGUCGAAGAGAUGAUGCUGCAUGAGAAAUUUCAAAGGGGCAGCAGGGCCGACACAGAACGUUGGUUGACAACCUAUACGGAGGCCAACCCUAAGCGAUCCGUCUAUGCCUUUUGUCUCGACACAAGACAUCCUGGAUAUUUCCAUCUUUGCUUCAAAGCUGGCCAACAAGCGCGCGUCAACUCAUGGGCCGUGCGGAUCGUUCCUAAUGCUUUUGAAUUAUUAAAGAGUCCAUACCCUGAUAUGAAGGCUUUGUGUAAUGGAUUUAAACUGCGCCACACAGCAGAAAUGAAUCGAAGAUGA